GCACAGACGUCGCCAGUGGUCGCCAGCGAGUCUGAAUCACGAUGCUUCGAACAGGUUCUUCAUGAGAUCUGAAUGGCGGCGGUGAACAGCGGUUGGCUCGACCUUCCACUUGGGUUCUCGAGGGAAUUUUUACUUUUCGGCUGAAACAGAAGGAAAAAAAGAGAGAGAGAAAGAGAGAGUGAUGGAGCAGCUGCUGUUGAAGUUGCUGGUGCCCGACAAUGCCACGAUACAGGAGGCUACUGCAGAGCUCAAAAAAGCUCUGCAGAAUCCAGACAGUGUGCCAGCUUUGUGCCAACUUAUCAUGACAUCGACGAAUCCACAGAUAAGGCAGUAUGCGGCUCUCGUUCUUAGGAGACGUUAUUCUAAAGGAAAGAACUGGACAAAGUUAUCUGUACCUAUACGAACUGAAUUUAAGAAAAUUAUUUUACAAGCCUUAGAACGUGAAUCAGUAACUUUUGUUAGAAAUAGUAUAGCUCAAUUAAUAGGUGUCAUUGUUAAACAUGAAUUACCUACAAAUAGUUGGCCAGAAAUUAUACAUUAUGUGCAACAAUUAAUUGUUAAUGAAGGAAUGGAGAAUAAAGAACUAGGCCUUUAUACUUUAGCAAUUAUGACAGACAUUACGCCGGACGCCUAUGCUUCACAUGCCAGAUCUUUGGUGAUGUUGCUUGCUCAAACAUUGAGCAGUCUUCAAAACUUAGGAAAUCCUGCCGCUUUUUACAUUUUGAGCACACUACGACAUCUCAUUCCUGUAGCUAAACACGACGAUACAGCGGUAAAUACUUAUACCAGAAUGAUGCCGCUCAUAAUGAACACAAUUCAAGCUCUCACGGAAGCCUCUCACGACACUUUAGCCAAUCAAAGUUUUGAAUUGUUGGACGAAUUAUGCGAGAAUAUGAUUGUUGUAAUAACGCCCCAUGUCAAACCUCUUGUCCACAUGUGCCUUACAAUCAUCGCUAAAAAGUCUAUAGACGAUCUCUUAAAAGUUAGAGUGGUUACUUUUAUCGGAUGGCUAGCGAAUAAAAAAAAGGCUCUUGUAAAACACAAAUUGGUAGAACCCAUCGUUGACAUGUUAUUCGUAGUCAUGAUGAUUCGACCAGACGAGGAUGAUGAUUCAAAUACAGAGAAUGAAAAUUCUAUUUUAACGAGCGCUACUCAAACUUUAGACUUGCUGGCAAUGCAUUUACCGCCUGAGAAAUUAAUUCCACAUUUGUUACGACAUAUUGAACCUGGACUCCAAAGUACGGAUGUAUAUGUUAAGAAGACAUCAUACGUUGCUAUAGCCGUGUUAGCGGAAGGUUGCGCCGAAUAUAUUCGUUCAAACUACCUCGAAUUCUUCUUGCGAUGCAUCUGUCAAGGAAUCACCGAUUCUUCGUCCAUCGUACGUAACGCUGCACUUUACGCUUUAGGACAAUAUUCUGAGCACCUACAACCAGAGAUUUCACAAUACUCGUCCGAACUACUGCCGGUGUUGUUCGAGUAUCUUGGCCAGGUAUGCUCGUACAUUAAACAAGAGAAGAAGGAACCGCACGCAGUUGGUCGUAUGUUCUACGCUCUUGAGAUGUUCUGUGAGAAUUUGCACGGGAGGAUCCUGCCGUACCUGCCCAAAUUGAUGGAAAGGUUGUUUGAUAUCUUGAAUGCAGACACAUCACCGCACGUGAAAGAGCUUACGUUGAGCGCCAUAGGCGCUGCGGCUUGUGCCAGUAAAGAGCAUUUGCUUCCUUAUUUUGAAACGAUCAUUAACAUUCUUAACAAUUAUCUCACUACAGAGCCAAACGAGGAAAACAUGUGUCUUAAAGUUCAAGCGAUUGAUACCCUCGGUGUGAUCGCUAGAUCGAUAGGUAACGAGCACUUUGCGCCAUUGGCAGCCACAUCCCUCGAUCUCGGAAUAAAAUUGUUGAGAAAUACGGAUGAUCCAGAUCUACGGAAAUCUCUUUACGGAUUGUUCGCCGCUAUUAGCACAAUUAUGAAAAAAGACAUGGCUGCGACUUUGCCCGAAAUUGUCGAGUACAUGAUAAUGAGUAUACGAAGUGCAGAUGGGAUCUUGAUGCACUAUAAGGACGACGAGGCUAACGCUCUUACAGUUUACGACGAUCUCAGCGAUACCGAAAAUGAACAAGAAGAAGAAGAAGAAGACAUUGAGUACACUGAUAACGAAGAAGAGAAUGACGAAGACAUUGAAGGCUACAGUGUUGAAAAUGCCUAUAUGGAAGAAAAAGAAGAAAGUGUAUUAGCGCUGAAGGAAAUCGCCGAAUACACAGAGGAGGCAUUCAUGCCGUAUCUUGAAAGAUCUUUCGAGGAGAUUUUUAAGUUGAUCAAUUAUCCUCAGGAGGAUAUACGUAAAGCGAGUAUAGAGGCUCUAUUACAGUUCUGUAUUAAUCUCUCGAAAAUUAAUACCGAUGAAGGUAAAAAGGCAUUGUUGAAGGCUCUCUCUAUGUUUGUCCCGAAAUUAUCCGAACUGAUAAGAUUAGAUGAAGAACCGACGGUCGCUAUUUGCGGCUUGGAGGCAUAUGAGGAACUUUUGAUGGAAGUCAAAUCGGAUGUUCUUAUCGGUAUAGGUCACAGAGAAGCUAUUGUAAAUUGCGUGAUGGAUGUGAUGAAAGGCAAGACUGCGUGUCAAGAUCAAGAGGAAGUCGAAGACGUCGACACCGAAGCGGAACAAGACGAGUUAUUAAUAGAAUGCGCGGGAACUGUAUUUUCUAGUUUAGGAAAAACACUGUCACCAGAAGAUUUUGCGCUACACUUUCUAACCAUGUUGCCUUUCUUUAUAAAAAGAUUGAAAAUGGACCAUUCCGAGGCACAAAGGUCCUUCGCUGUUGGAACGAUAGCUGAGUGCUUCCCUGGACUUAAACACAUGUCGGCUGCGUUUGUCUCGCAAUUGCUUCCGACUUUUCUACAAACUGGAACUCAAGAUCCUUGCAAUGAAGUUCGUAGCAAUUGUUUCUUCGGAAUUGGAGAACUUGCUUUCUACGCGAAAGAAGCAGUUUAUCCACAUUAUCCUCAAAUUCUGCAAACUUUGUCGUGUGCCAUUGCAAAAGAAACCGAUGCAGCUGCACGUGAUAACGUAGUCGGGGCGAUUGCGCGACUUAUUAUCACGAAUUAUUCGAAUUUGCCACUUGAACAAGUAUUUCCAGUUUUUGUUGAACAAUUACCAUUGAAAGCAGACUUCCAGGAGCAUAAAGCUGUGUUCAAAAGUAUUCUUACGUUAUAUCAAGCCGGGGUUACUCUUCUACAGUCUUACAUUCAUACAUUAUUGAAAGUCGCAGUUGUCAUAUUACACGAGGAAAAGACUGCUGACGACGAAACACGAAAUCUUGUCAUGGAAUUUAUUAAGUCUGUUCAGCGAGAUUUUGUGAACGACUGGAAUGCCCUUUUCACCGAGCUGCCUCCAGAAGUUGUCGCGAACAUUCAGCGUAUAUUUUCCUAAUCUAAACGAUUAGUGCACAUCAUGCAUGUUAUUUAAUCGUUUUUGAACAUUCUUCAAAACUUUGUUCAAAUAUUACUUCUCAAAGAAUUUUUAUAGUACCUUCUCCAUCAUCGUUUCUGCUCCACAAUUUGAUUGCGAGACAAUGUUGAAUAGGCUAAUAUUGAGGUGAGAAUAAACAAUUGCAAUCGAUUGAAUACAUUUUCCAUCAGCUUAAUAGACGAAUACUCAUCCCUAUUUUUUACUUUUCUGUUCAUUCACUGACUCAUUGUAUGCGAUAUAGGUUUAUAAACCGCCCAUUCGUGACGCUUUAUUUAAUAAAUAAAUAAUUUAUAUUAUCUUAUGUUUAAUUAAGCAAUCUGUUUACUGUAUGACGCAUACAUCGAGAAACAAUUCUUCCUUUACUCUGACUAUAAAUAGAUAGACUAACGUUGUAUAGUAAAUCAAGAAAGAAGAGAAAAGUCUAGGGAGAAGAAAUUGUAGAAUGACUGUUUCAUAGAAUCUUACAAUUCCCCCUCGUGUCGUUAGAUUUUUUUCAGACUUUCGCUCACGGAAUUAUAUUCGGUCUGUGUAGAUUUGUGAAUUCUUUAACAGUGAGCGUAUAAGCAAAAAGUCGCUUGGUUGACAUACAGAAGUGUAAAUUAACAUUUAACAGGAAUUACAGGCAAAACUCUGCCUCUAGUAUAGGCAUCGAUGCUAUUGUUAUCAAGGAAUAAAAUUGAUAGCUCAUCUUGUCCCUCUGUCUGCAACCAACAACAAUCUAGCAUACCAUAGUAUAAAUAUUGAAAAUAAAUGUAUGUGACUAAUAAAAAUGGUCGUGUUCUUUUUAUAAGCUCUUGUAAAUUUUUGUUGCAAUAUUCUCUUUCGUUAUUUCUUAUUUAAUAAAAGAACCACUGUUAAAUCUUACUUGUUUAUCAAAUAAAAAAAUAAUAUAAACAGUAA